UCGACAACCCUACAACAGAAAGACUGCCACGAAGAACAGAAUUUUUUGUUGGCACACGAAAUUAAUAAAAUAAACACUGCAACUGCCAGUGCAUUUCGUAUAAGUUGACGCAAGCAAACGAUGGGUUCGAGUCAUAGCGUUCACGUGCCCGGCGGGGGCACAGAAGGUUACCACGUACUCAAAGUACAAGACAACUCGCCGGGCCAGAAGGCCGGACUGGAGGCAUUUUUCGACUUCAUUGUGGCCAUUGCGGGCACUCGGCUGGACCAGGACAACGACAUGCUCAAGGAGCUGCUGCGCCAGAAUGUUGACAAGCCCGUCCGUCUCACUGUCUACUCGAGCAAGACACAAACUGUGCGAGAGCUGACCCUGACGCCCAGCACUAGCUGGGGCGGCCAGGGACUGCUGGGUGUGAGCAUUCGUUUCUGUUCGUUCGAAGGGGCCAACGAGAGUGUGUGGCACAUACUGGAGGUGCAUCCGAAUUCACCAGCGGAGCUGGCCGGGCUACGUGCCUACAGCGAUUAUGUGAUUGGAGCGGAUGCCAUACGCCACGAGAAUGACGAUCUGUUUACGCUGAUCGACACGCACGAGCAGCAGCCGCUGAAAAUGUACGUCUACAAUCUGGACGAUGAUGCCUGCCGCGAGGUGACGAUCAAGCCCAACACGGCUUGGGGCGGAGAGGGUGCCCUUGGCUGUGGCAUUGGCUUUGGCUAUCUGCAUCGCAUUCCGGUGCAGGCAGUGCCAGUACCAUCCGGUUCGGGUCCUGUUGCCAGUGCAUCCGAGGCCACUCCGCUGAUGACGGGCGGAGCAGGACAGACGCCUGCUCCUGCUGCAGUUGCCGCCUCUGCUGUUGUCUCACCAACGUUGCCUUACAUACCGCCUCUGGCCAACACCUUUGGAUCGACAAAUGCCGAGAUAAGACCCCCGCAAACAAUUGAGCCGCCGGCCCAGAGCCUAUUCAAGACAUAUUUCAACCCAGACGAAUCACAAGAUGCUCUCUCCGCGGCGCUGGAGACUCAGGCAAACAUUGCAGAGCCUCAGGCGCCAGGCAACAUAGCUGCUCCAGCUCCUAUUCCCGCGGCGCUAAUUGCUCAGCCUCCACCCGCGACUGUGGCUGGACCUCUGCCUGGUGUGUUUGCUUCUCCUCCUCCGUCUGUUGCGGAGGCUCAAGCGCAGUCUGUGCCGCCGCCAGCGAACAUCUUCAUGCCGGGCGUCUAUGAUCCCAGCGCACAGCACAAUCCGAACGUGGCCCUCGGCGGAAUACCGGCUGCCCAGCUGCCAUUCCCACAGGCCACGGCGGCGCCACCACAGCUGCCCCCAGCGGCCGUGCCAAUGUUCUCCACACCACAACAGGCCUACAUGUCGGCUCCGGCCGCUCUCUCCUAUCCGGCUGCCCAGACGGUGCCCUCGUAUCCGCAGGUACAGCCCUCCAUGGGCGGUCUGUUUCCCACGCAGCCAACGCCGCUGCCACCACAAAUGGUUCAUGUGUUCACACCACCUCAGGCGCACACGCAAUCGCAGCCGCAGCCGUCACCAUCCGGCAGCGAACAGCAGCAGCAGCAACAACCGGCAACAUCUCAGGCUGGAAACUAAGACCAACAUUCACACCUGAGCGCGGCGCUGUGUUGCCCAAUUGGACAAAUUGUCGUUAGGCUUUUAUCUAUCAUCUGAUUAUCUGAUUAUUUUGUAUGAUGGCGCGAUACCCCAGCCCACAAAUGGAGCGGCAGAUUGCUGUCCGAAGCGAUAAAGUAUGUAAAUGGCAUUCGUAAUA